UACUUGUUGUCAACUCUAAUUUAGUCUCCGUAUGGCGCUUCGGGAAAGAGGUCCUUUAAGUAAAGCAAUUCGCGUAGCGGCUUCAAAUUAGUGUAAAUUUGAUUUGUGCAUUUCACUUCAUACAAACAUACAUAAAUACGCAUACAUGUCUAAUUACCAAAGAAUAAGUUUCCAAUUUUAACGAAACAUGUUUCAUGCGCAAAACAUUAAUCGUAAAUAAGAAAUUCGAUAGAAAAUAUAAAUGUUGAAAUAAUGGAAUCGAAAAAAUGGCAUAUCCGAAUAAGUUUAUUUUUGCUUUUAAUAACUUCAACAUAUUCAAAUUUAGGAAAGAUGACGUCUUCUCAAAAUCAUUUUGGGAACAGCUUGCAGAGUCAAUUCAACACCAAAAAUAAUACUCGGGUCAUCGCUCAGAAAGGAGGACUUGCCAUUUUACCAUGCGUCGUUAAAGUCAAUUCUCCGGCUACGGUUUCUUGGAUUCGAAGAAAAGAUUUUCAGUUGCUGACAGUGGGUUUAUCAACUCAUAGCAGCGAUAAGCGAUUUCUAGUUGAGCACACGCGACACAUGGGCCACUGGUCGCUCAGGAUUAAAGCUGUGAAGGAGGAGGAUCGAGGAUUUUACGAGUGUCAAUUGUCUAUUUAUCCAACUCAAUCAAUUUUAAUAGAAUUAAAAAUUGUUGAAGCGGUAGCUGAAAUAUCAAAUGCAUCCGAUAUUCUCAUUGAUGAAACUUCCACUCUACAACUGCAGUGCAAACUUAAGGGGGCUACGGAAAAUCCUUCGUUUGUCUUUUGGUAUCACGAAAACAAAAUGGUUAACUAUGAUGCACAAGGAGGCUUCGUGGUCACGUCCAUAAUAGAGAAUGCGAUCCCUGGAUUAGAGAAUGUACAACAUUUACCGACAAGGGGAAACGGUGGUAAAAAUAAAACACUACGCAGCACAAUGGAAUCAAAUGUUGACAACGCGAUCGGAGCUGCAACAACUGCAAUGCCAUAUGUAUCUCCUUCGCCAAUAAGUCCUUUUACAAUGUUGCAAAUGCAACAAUACAAAUCCCCAUAUCUUCCGAAUUCUUCAAUGAGUGUGCUUACCAUAAAAACGGUGACAUUUCAUCAUGCUGGAAAUUACACAUGUGCACCGUCAAAUGCAAGGCCGGCCAGCAUUACGGUCCACGUACUAAGAGGAGAAAAGCCAGCAGCAAUGCAACAUGCGAACCGAAGCAUUCUUGAUGGCGAGAAUAUUUCCAACAACAACAACAGCAACAGCUUUGGAUUGAGCAGUAUUAAAGGAUUCAAUGGAACGAAUAGUCUACUGGUUACCGUACCCUCACUGUUGUUAUCCGUUCUCUGUUUGUUAGCUAAUUUGCCUUCUGCAUCCCAAUUACAAAAGCAGACACCAAUGAUAUUCUUCGUAUAUCUAUUAUGUACUUUUAAUAGCUGAAAAUGCUUAGAGAUAUUUGAAGCACACUAGAUGAUUCGUGUAAUUUCAAUCAAUUGACUUUGGCAAUUGUAAUUAAGGAAUUGUAUAUAAUUAAUUACAUACAUAACAUACACGUACAUAAAAUAGAUACUCAUGCAUACCGUAAAUACGAAUACAUAAGUAUCACGAUACAAUUAUUAAGAUGUUUAAGUUGAUAAUUGUAAAAAGGACUUGGUUAUAUGAUAAAUGAAUGAAUGCUGUCUUCGGCAAACCAAAACUGAUAUAUCGAUGUAGACUUAUUCAAAAGUUGUUCCUACGGUAGCUAUAUGGUAGUUUUGUCACGUUCGAUUUAUGCAUUUCUUAUUCUACAAAUGGCGGCUAUCGGGGUUCAAUUAAGGUCUCAGUGUAUAGACUGUGAUAUAAUUUGAUAUAAAAUGUAAUCAAAAA